AUGGAGCAACUAAAGGUGUUUGAGAUUUUCUUUUACGAUGGAAGUGGUGUAUUUUACAGUGGUAACAUAAUUCAAGGCUACGUCACAGUAGAGUUGACAGAGCCAAUGAAAAUGAGAGGUUUGUAACAAUAAAUUAACUAGUUAACAAAACCAAAAACACCAAGGGCGUUAUAGUUAUAUUAGUUAAUAAAUUCAAAGGAUUAUGCAUGACAUUAGGGCCCCUGACAUUAGGGCCCCUGACAUUAGGGCCCCUGACAUUAGGGCCCCUGACAUUAGGGCCCCUGACAUUAGGGCCCCUGACAUUAGGGCCCCUGACAUUAGGGCCCCUGACAUUAGGGCCCCUGACAUUAGGGCCCCUGUUUAAAAAUACAAAUGAUUCAGAUAAGAAUUUUAGCAGAUUGUGUGAUUUUAAUUUCAUUUUAAAGGAAUAAAGUUGAACUUUGUGGGAAAAGCUUACACCCGCUUUGUGUCAAAGACUUCCAAUGCCACUCACUCCGGCACUGAGAAAUACUUUGACCAAGAAGUUCUCUUAUUUGGACCAGGUAGGCUACUUAGCUUAUAAACAUAAUUUUAAUAGGGAUUAAUUACACAUUUUUAAAUACAUGUAACAAACGAUUCAUUCUAAUAAUUCUAAUCGUCCUUGACGAAAGCAACCGUCUUUUUCAAAACCAAAAUCAACAAAACAAAAUCAACAUGGUGGAGUCAAAGAAUUUGAUGUCAGUCAGAUGAGAAUGUAAUCACUCAACUUGUGUCCAAUUAUAUAUUUUUUUUAAUUAUUGUCUUAUAGAAAGGGAUAAUUUGCUUUGUUGGCAGGCUCAGGACAAGGUAGAGGCACCAGAGAAUUACAAGCUGGAAGGCAGACGUUUCCAUUUCAGUUUGGGUUGCCACAAGGUCUCCCUUCUUCGUAUGAGUCAAAAGCCGGCCAUGUGAGGUAUACUGUUAAAAGUACCAUUGACAGGCCAUGGAAAUUCGAUCAAAAGACUAAGCGGGUCUUCACUAUCGUCAGUGUCUUAGAUCUCAACAUGCAACCCAAUACCAUGGUAACACGACAUGUCGUCAGUGUCUUAGAUCUCAACAUGCAACCCAAUACCAUGGUAACACGACAUGUCGUCAGUGUCUUAGAUCUCAACAUGCAACCCAAUACCAUGGUAACACAUUUGUUAAAAAGCUAUGUUAACUCAGUCAAGAUUUUUUAAAGAAUUUAAAUAGUUAAUUGUCUUAUAAUCGUGUUUUUUUUUUUUUUUUUUUUUUUUUUUUUUAUAUUUUUUGAGAUGCCAUGUUCGUUUGGACAUGAAAGGUAUCAAGACUUAAAAAUCAAGACUUAAAAAUCAAGAUUGACAAGAUCUCCAUUUUAUAUCAUAAGUCAGUCAAAUACAUUAUUGCUGAAUUUCCUUUUAGUGACGUCAUCAAUGUGCAUUCGGUGAAUGUUAUAUUUCAUAUUUUUAUAGUCACGACUCCAAGAAACAAACCAGAAAUAUUUGUGCUGCAUUUGUUGUACAUCUGGGCCAAUCGAGGCGACUUUUCACAUCGACAGAAUGGGUUAUGUUCCAGGAGAAGCUCUUAAGCUUUAUGCCGAAAUCAUUAACGGAGUAAGUAAAAUAAUGGAUAAAUCAUUUGUUGAUCUAAAAAUGGUCAUGAUUUUCUGAUAAAUGCAACAAGAAUUUUUUUUUUAUUUUCUUCAUGUUUUCGAUGACCAGUUAUGAAAUAGGAUAUACCUGAUACGUCUUCAAAUUUUAUUUUUGAUAAACUGGAAUGAGUGGGACUAUGAAAAUUUACUAAAGACUACUUUUUAAUUGUUCAAUUUAUUUUAAAUCCUUUUGAAAUUCCAUAUCAAAUUUGAUCAUCUUUUUCAUUUGAUCAAGGAGACAAUAUAUCAUGACAGUUAUACGGGGAUUGUACAUUCCAAAACCAAAACAUAUGAAGUGGCUCGGCUUACUCGGCCAGAGAUUGCAUGUCACAGCAAAGACAACUGGACAGGAGAACCGCUGGUAGUUCCACCCUUGCCGCCAUGUUUCCUUGUGGGUUGCAACGUAAUUGACAUACGUUAUAUCCUACAGGUAAGAUAAAUUUAGUAUUUAUCUUGCUUUGAUAUCCGCAUCAAAAUGAAGUUAUGUCUGGAACUCUUCAGAAUACCAUAACAGAGUAGCAGAGUUUUUUAAUAUAUUAAAAAAAGCGUCAUUGGAAUGGAGAAGAGCUUCACGUCGGCAGCCAGAUUUAAUUUGCAAAGGUAAAGGGAUCUCCAUAAUGCAGUUUUGGGGAGGGAAGGGCUUCUGAUUUUUAAAGUCUAUACGGCCCUCUUAUAAUGUGUGGUCUAAUUUAUUAUAGAAAGUACUGACAUGGCUAAAACUUGUAACAUUGUUUUUUUCUGAAUUUCACUAAUAUUAUCAAUCUAAAAAAAUAAUAUUUGAAUUAAAAUAUUUUGAUUGACUGGGUUUCUUAUUUGUUUUGAUCAUUAAUUUAAAUAAUAAGAGGACUCAAUUUCUUAGAUGCCAACACCAUCACUGGGUAAAAUAAUUUUUUAUAUUGUUUUUGAUUUGGGUUUUCCUAAAGUUUACAAAUAAAUCUUUUUAAAAUUGUAUUUUUAAUCCCCAGCUGAAUGUGAUAACACAAGGAUGGGGCUUUGAACUUGAGAUACCUUUAGAGAUUAUUAUUGGUACCGUACCUCUUAGAUCUGUCGUGGAGCAAAAUCCACCAAUGCCACCACUCGGUCUCAUCAGGACCAACACGUAUGCUACGGAGACCAUUGCUCCUGGUGAAAUGUUCUAUCCC